CCGGGACACCGCUCCCCGGCACCGCCAUGGGCCCCGGGGGGGUUGCGGCCAGGAGCAGUUGGCGGCUCUGCUCCGCGGCCAGCCUGCUGCUGGGAGCGCUGCUGUGCAAAGUGACAGAUUGUCGAGGGGUCUUGGACAAUAUACAAAGAUUUUCUUCAUUACCAACAUAUCUGCCUGUGAGCUAUCGGAUCUUCAGUGCUGAGACUUCCUUUUUUCUUAAAGAAGCCAGUCAGGAUUUCAUGAGAAACUCCAGUUUGCAGUCCCGGGUGGAGUCCUUUUUUCCAUAUAAAGCCAAGAGACCACCUGUAUUAAAUGCCAGCUAUGGACCUUUUUCUGUUGAACAAGCAGUGCCCCAUGACCUACUGCUAACCUCAAACUUUUUUGGAUCCACCAGCAAGUUUACUUUUAACUGGAGACUUAAAGCCUAUAUCAUGCGUGACAAAAUUUACCUGAGCAAGCCCAAAGUCCAGAUCCUGUUCUACAUUGUGGGCAGGGACUGGGAUGACUACAGUACCACGGAGAGGCUGCCUUGCCUGCGGGUUUUUGCCUUCCGUGAGACGAGGGAAGUCCGAGGCAGUUGCAGGCUGAAAGGGGAUCUGGGAUUGUGUGUGGCCGAAUUGGAACUCCUGCCAAGCUGGUUUAACCCCCCCACGGUGGUGUCCGGCCGCAAGAAAGCGACGGAUCAAUCUGAAGGGAGCCCUGUGGAACUUUACUACACCAUCCAGCCGGGGGACGAGACCGGGGAGUGCACCACUGAGGAUGUGAGGAAAGGGAAUGCCAUCCGGCCAGGGAAGGAUGGUACGGAUGAGACCAUGUCCCACUUGCAGAGGAUUGGCUCUGUGAGCCUCUAUCGAACCCCAGAGAGUUCUCAGCUGACAGAGCUGAGGCUGGACAGUAAUGUUGUCAUCUGGCUGCCAUCGAAGCCGGUCAAGCAAGGAGAAGUUGUGAAUGUCUUUGUGACUCUCGCUAACAAUUCCACUGUGGAACAGUUCAUACUGAGGGCCAAGGUGAAGAAGGGCGUGAAUAUUCUGAGCGCAAAGACAAGCGAUCCCCGGCAAUGGGACGUGAAGCAGGAGGUGGGGAAUGGUGGAAAACAUUCAACCACGACCGUUAGCUGUCACAGGAUAGCACCAAAUUCAAGGAACAGAAGUAACAGUUUAUUCAGUGAAGUCGUGCAGAUGAACUUUGAAAUAGCCAGUUUCAGCAGUCUUUCCGGAACGCAGCCAAUCACAUGGCAGGUGGAAUACCCUCGGAAGGGGACAACGGACAUAGCCCUCUCUGAAAUCUUCAUCUGCCAGAAGGACCUGGUAGGAAUAGUUCCACUAGCAAUGGACACAGAAAUUCUGAACACCGCGAUUCUCACGGGGAAGACAGUUGCAGUGCCCAUCAAAGUGGUUUCCAUUGAGGAGAACAGCACCGUGACCGACAUCUCUGAAUCGGUGGAGUGCAAGUCCUCUGAUGAGGAUGUUGUCAAAGUUUCUGACAGAUGUGACUAUGUGUUUGUCAAUGGCAAAGAAAUGAAAGGCCAGGUGGAUGCAGUAGUGAAUUUCACAUACCAGUAUCUGAGCGCCGCUCUGCAAAUCACAGUCUGGGUUCCACGCCUGCCUCUUCAGAUUGAUAUUUCGGACACGGAGCUAAGCCAAAUAAAAGGCUGGAGAGUCCCCAUUGUCUCCAAUAAGAGACCCACAAGGGACAGUGAUGAUGAGGAUGAAGAUGAGCGGAAGGGAAGAGGCUGUGCGCUCCAGUACCAGCAUGCCAUGGUGCGAGUCCUUACUCAGUUUGUCGCUGAGGACUCUAGCCCUUGGAGUCAGCUGAACUAUUUGCUGGGUUCUGACUGGCAGUUUGACAUUACGGAUCUGGUGAUGGACUUUAUGAAGUUGGAGGAGCCUCACAUUGCCAGGCUACAAGAAGGAAGGAUUUUGAUUGGACAAGAAGUAGGAAUGACAACAAUCCAGCCAUCCUUACUGGACAGCUCCUGCACCUGUGAAGAUCUUGGUAAACAUCCUGUUUUCCCACACGAGGUUUUUUCUCCUCUUUCGGAUUCCAUUCUGGCAGAGAAGACAGUGAUGGUGCUAGAUGACAAAGUGACCAUAACAGACCUCGGGGUGCAGAUGGUGGCUGGGCUGUCGCUCUUUCUUCAGCCAAGCCCGGCAAAUAACCGAGCUAUUGUGGCUACAACCAUUGCUCAGGAGCUGCUUCAUACCCCUAAACAGGAAGCCAUAGUAAGCAUCUGGAUCCAGUUCAGUGACAGUUCAGUUACUCCAUUAGACAUUUAUGACCCCAAGGACUUCUCCCUUUCUACCAUGUCGCUGGACAAAUCCGUUGUCUCAACCCAUCAGAGCACUGCCUGGAAAUGGCCGGUCGUGGCAGCAGAAGGUGAAGGGCAGGGCACAUUGAUCAAAGUAGACAUGAUGAUCUCUGAAGCCUGCCAGAAGUCCAAGAGGAAAAGUGUCUUGGCCACGGGCAACAGCAGCAUCAAAGUGAAGUUUGGCCAAAAUGAUGCCAACUCCAACACUGGCGAAGAUUAUGAUGCCGAUGAGAUUGAAAACCACGCGAGUGACCGGCGGCAAAAGGUGUCGGAUCAAGAGCGGUAUGGCCAGGAUGGGCGAUACUAUGGGAGCUCUUCAGCCGAGCGAGAGGAAAGUACCAUCAGAAAAGUCAGCACCACUGCAAAGUCAAUGCUCAAAAACAAAGUCAUGAAAAACAAUAGGCUGGAUGGAGGCAAACUCUCGGAUGAUGGCCAGCUGCAGAACAUUCCCAUAGAUUUCACCAACUUCCCUGCUCAAGUAGACCUCCCAAAAAGCAGUGGGGGCAUGGAGGAGAACGACCUAGUGCAGACGCCCAGAGGCCUUAGUGAUUUGGAAAUUGGGAUGUACGCUCUGCUGGGGGUCUUCUGCCUGGCAAUUCUUGUCUUCCUAAUAAACUGUGCAACGUUUGCACUGAAAUACCGGCACAAGCAGGUUCCAGUGGAAGGGCAAGCCACCAUGACCCACUCCCACGACUGGGUCUGGCUCGGAAAUGAGGCAGAGCUUCUGGAGAAGACAGUGGACGUGUCACCUCAGCAGGAUGAGCACACCACUAUUAUAGACCGAGGGAUGAGCCAUGAGGAAAGCAACAACCUCCUCAACGGUGACACUCAAAAGAACAUCCAGAGCCAGAUCCAUAGGUCUGCUGACUCCGGGGGGAAGCAAGGGAAAGAGCAGAAAACAGAACCUUUGCAUUCCCCCACAUCCAAACGAAAGCGGGUAAAAUUCACAACCUUCACCACCAUCCCACCCGAUGAUGGUUGUCCCACUGUCAACUCUAUCCUAAGUAGCAAUGAUGACGAUAUUAAAUGGGUGUGCCAGGAUAUGGACCUCGGGGACUCCAAAGAGAUAAAAAACUACAUGGAGAAGUUCAAUGACAAAGUGUAGCUCCUGUCUGGUUUUCUGGGUUUAACCACACCUUGAUGCCUUCAGUUCUACAGUAUAUAGUGGGACAGAAAAGGGGAGAAGGAGGGGAUCAGUAGGGGAAAAAAUCAACAACAACAAGAAGGCAGUUUCUGUCAUCAGAGAAAGAAAUUUGUCAAACUGUCCAUGGCUUUGAGUUUGUUUGUUUUAUUUUUUCUCCAACAGCUGCUCAUGGAUUUGGGCAGUUAAUGGAAUGCAAAUCCCAGAAGGGAGUAAGGAAACAAUUAACCAAUACGAUGAACUGGGCACAGUGAGAUUGUGAAAAUUUAUCUGAUGGGUCAAAAUAAUAACAACAAUAUUACAGACAGUGUACCAAAAAAUGUUGUUGUUGUUGUUGUUUUAAAGUGAGAGUUAGUUAAUAGAAAAGACAGAGAAACAGUCACUUUGUAAUACUUGUAAUAAUAUGAAAGUAUGAUCCAGGAAGAGACCGUUUAGAGUGUUACCCAAGCAGUUGCUUUCUGUUCCCUCAUCUGAAGUGAAAACAUGUCCCUGGCAUUAAAUAUGGAACAGAAAGAGAUUAUCUGAUAUAUUUUUAUUUUUCCGUCUAUUUUCCACCCCUUGUUGCUUUCUUUAAAAUGAGUCUUAAAAAAAAAUCCAGUAGAUUCUUUAUGGACCAAGAGAUAAUUGUUUUUCUUAAUUAGCUAAUAAUAAUCUUCCUUGUCAUUUGAAGAACUCAGAGGAUGAGCAAAAACUAAUAAUUCCAACAUGGCGGCUCUUCUGAAAGCCUGAGUCUCGACUGUUUUGUGCUAGCUAGAAACUUGUUCUGUUUGGAGGAAGAUUUAAUUUUGCUUUUGGGUGUGUGGGUUGGUUCAUUGGUUGGUUAAGUUUCCACAACCAAAGUUCCCAGGUUUCACCAAGGGAAGAAGGUGCUGUUCCAUGUUUGCAUUUAAAAAUAAUAAACAAUAAGAAUGAACAGAGGGUGCAUAGAUACCGAAUAUAAGACCAAAACCAUCAAAGCCCACAGAUGUGCACAGCCUAAUUUUUAAUUUUUUGCCAAGUCAGUGAAUUCAUAAUUUGUCCUGUAUUUUGCUCUGUUCAUCUUUUCAGAGCCAUCAGUUCUCAUGGGGGGAUUGGGAGGGAGCAUGGGGAGUGGUACUCACAAAUAGAGAAGCAGGUUGUCCCAAGCCCACUUUAUUUCCUCAUGUUAGGGGAGCUGAGCUUUUGGAUAGAUAAUAUUAGUUUGAAGAAAGAGAAAUUCAAAUGACCAAGGAUCAAGAGAUAUGUGGGUCUACUUUAUUUUCAUUUGUUUCCGUUGGACCAGCACAAACUGGAAAAUCUGUUACAUUGCAAAUCAGCAGUUUUUAAUAACAAUAUGAAUUCAGCAAUGCAUCAGAAACAAGUAGGAGAUAAAGAUAACAGAUAAAUGGGUGCUGUUCCAUGGACUUUAAUGUCAAUUUACACAAAAUGAGGAUAUGGCUCAGAAUCUAAAUGAUGGGGGGAAACCACACUCAGAAAACCUAUUUAUAAUUCAAAAGAAGUCCUCAUGUCAAAUCUUUUUUGGAAGCAGUGUUACGUUUUGACUGCUAGCAGGGAGCACCUGCAUUGUUUGUCAGCUCUGUCUUUACCCGUGGAUUCCACUACAUCUUUUUUUUUUAAAUUACUAAACUCAGUAGGUUUCUCCUUCUAUUUUUGUUCUUUACUUGGACGACAUGGACCCUGCCACUUGAUAACAUAGAAGGAGGUUUUAACAAGAUAUGCCUAGUAUGCAUUGUAGACUGAAAGAAUGUAAUAUUUAUUUAUACAUGAUAUAUAAAUUGUAAUUAAAAUGCUUUACAUGG